AUGAGGAGAAGAGCAAUGUCACACAAUGUAAAACGUUUGCCAAGGCUUUUUAGGCCUGUUGAUGUUAAUUUAAAUAAGAAAAAGAAGAAAAAGAUGCCUAGUCGUAUUUGGAGGAGAAGAGCUUCUAGGCUUAUUAGACGUAGCAUGGUAGAGAAUUCAAAACCUCGUUGGUUAUCUACACAUAUUUGGCAUGCUAAACGAUUUCAUAUGGAAGCAAUUUGGGGAUUUAAAUUAGCUGCUAAAUGUUGUCAAAAAACUUUUAGACCAAACUAUCGUUCUUCGCUUUCUUCUUCAAUUAUAACAGAUCGAAGUUAUUUAACUUGUUUGCAAUUCACUUUAACUAAAAAUACUUCAAUUACAUUCAUUUCAAAUUUAUUAUCAAAAUUUUGUCAAAAGAAAUGUUCUCCAACUUUUAAUAAUUUAUUUGCUAUUUCUGGUAAUUUUGAAAUAUCUCUGCUUCUUUUUAAACCUGGUGACGAUUUUAAUGGAUUUAUUGGUCCUUGUCGAUUUUCUUGGUUUUUACCUAAUAAAUUAAAUUUAUGGAUUCACCCUUCAAUUGAGCUUGAUUUUUUAAAAGAAAUUUCUUUAUUAAAUGAAAUUAAAAUUAUUUCUCCUUCAAAAUAUUGUAACAAUACAGCAGAGAAGAUUGAGGCUUCUAUUGAGUUGAAUGUUUUAAAAAAUAAAAUUAGUCGUUUUCAAUUAAUUGGGCCCAAAUCUUUAAUUUAUUUAAACUUUGUUUUUAAACUUGUUUUGGAUGAAGAAUUGGAUAUUUUGGAUUGUUCUGAUUACAGAGAUAUUCACAAUUGGUGGCGUUUAUUUGCAACAAAAAUAGUCUCAAAUUCUUCUCUUCAAUCUGGCACUUUAAUUAAUUUACUUGUAGAAGAUCCACGUUUAUUUCGUGCUCAACGUUCUUUAAAUAAUAAAUUUAUUGAAGAAAAUAAUGAAAUUAAUUAUUCAAAUAUUCCUUUACCUCCUUCAAAUAAUUCAAAAAAUUUAAAAAUAAAUUUAUGGAAUUGGAAAGAAUUUGAAGAUGAAAUGCUUCCAAAGAGAUUGACAAAUUCUGAUUUUGAAAAGAUUUGUGUGGGAAAAUUGGUUUUGCCUAGCCGGACAGAUUUUAAGGUUCCAAUAGUCCUUAUCCUUCAUUUACCCCAAAAAUGUAAAAAUUAUCUUGGAGGAUUUCGAGUUGAUUUUUUAUGCCCAACACAAGUUAGCUAUGAUUUUUGGUUAGCUUUUCAAUUUGCAAAAUGUCGAGCAAUUGGAUUAAAAAAUUGGGAACAUUUAAAUUUUGAAAAUGGUUUGGUAAAUUUCCCAAAUGAAUUUGUAGAUUCUUUUGCUGGGAAAAGAAAAUUGAAAGAAGAAGUUGAAUUAAUUGAGAAAAAUUCCAAAAAAUCUCACAAAUGUAGACUUGCUUUUAUUAAAUUACAAAAAUGUUUAAAAUUAAUUAAUUUAAUGGACAAUAAUUUAUUUGUAUUAAAAGAAAGAUUAUUACUUAAACAAAUUGAUUAUUGGCUAAAAAAUAGAGAAAGAAGAAGAAGAAAUGAUGAUGAUAAUGAAUGGAUAAAUGUAGAAGAAAAUUUAAUCAACAAUUCAAAACACUGUUUUGUAGCAAUUUAUCUAAAAAUGUUGUCAAAAGGCAUUCCAAAAAAAUUUUCAUUAAUUUAUACAACUGACAAUUAUAUUUUGAAAAAAGAAUCUGAAAAUUUUAAAAAAUUUAAAGAAAUUGAAAAUGAGGAGGAGAAAAUUGAAGGAGAAUUUUUAGUAGAACAGAAUGGAUACAAAAAUAAAAAGGAAAUUGUUGGCGGUUUUUUACCACUUUUGGAAGAAAAUUUGUCUAAUGGAAUUUUUAGUAAUGAAUUGGAAAAUAAACCUUUUGAUAAACAAAUAAAUUUAAAAAAUUUAUUUCCUCAAAAUUUAAAUAAAAAAGAAUUAAAAACAUUGAGAAAUAAAAGAAAAAAAGAGAAGAAAAAGAGGAAAAAGAAAAUUGAAGAAGAAAAAAAUGGAUUGAAGGAGGGAUGUUUGAUUAUUGAGGAAGAAAAAGAAAAAAUUGAUGACACGAGGUUGGGAAUUUUUUUAAAUUAUUUAGGCACUUUACUGCUCUAA